CAUUUCCAUGGCCCCUCUAUUUUUUUUUUUCAAUCGAAGGAAGAAACCCCAAGGGGCCUCAUUUUCAUCGCCUCUCACCUCUCUGCUCCACCGGACCGGCGACGGCACUGCGGCACUCAUCUUCCAACUUUCUCUCCAACCAUGUCUACCAAAUCCAGGUCUUCUUUAUCUGAGACUCCCAACGAAAAGGUAUCACCGGCUACUCCUCGGGAGAGCAAGCCCGGCAGGGGGAUUUCUAAAUUUGAAGUUGAUUCACCCUCUCCACUACAGCUAAGUUCUUGCUUUUCAUUUGAUCGGUCUCCUAGAUCUGUUCCUUCAAAGCCUACAUUGGACCGACGAUCUCCCAAGUUCACUACGGCACCUGAAUCCUGAUGUAAGUUUCUGGUAUUUCUUUUGUAACUUAGAAUUGUAUUUUCAAAUUUCUUAUAUGGUUUCAGUAGUUGGUGAUAAGAAGGAAGAAUUCAGUGUGUUGGUAGAAAAAUUGAUUAUUAGAUAAGAGAAAAGGUGUUAGAUUAUGCAAUUUUUAAUCAUCAAUGAGCUAAGUCUGUGAAGCAUACGCUGCAACCCUAAGGAAGGUUAGGUCAUUGGCAUUUCAUUGAGCAAUAAAUUG